GCGGCGGUAGCGGCUGCACCACCUCAUUGCUGUUGGCCGCGGCUCGGUCGCCCCCCGCAACCCAGAGUUCGGCUUCGUCACCCUGUCGCAGGGGCCUUCCCUCCGGCCCCAAGAAUCGUCCCCCUGCAGCCCAACAACAAACCCCCACCGGCUCGCCCAGUCACUGGGGAGGGGGGGACCAUGUCCCAGCGGGUGAGGCGCAACGGGUCCCCGACGCCGGGCGGCUCCCUUGGGGGUGGUGCGGUCGCCACGGCCGGGGCACCCGGGAGCCGCUUGCAGCCCAUGAGGGCGACAGUUCCGUUCCAGCUGAAGCAGCAGCAGCAACAUGGCAGCCCCACGCGGAGCGGCGGCGGCGGCGGCGGCAACAACAACGGUGGCUGUUGUGGCGCCUCAGGCGGCGGCGGCGGCGGCAGCGGGGCCCCGCGCACUGCCUCUCGCAGUACAAGCCCCACUCGCGGCGGCGGGAGCGCGGCGGCGCGUACCAGUCCCACGGUGGCCACGCAGACGGGCGCGUGCACGACAUCCACGCGAGGCACCAGCCCCACGCGCGGCGCCGCGCCCGGGGCUCGCGGGAGCCCACCUCGGCCGCCACCUCCGCCACCUCUGUUGGGUACCGUGUCGUCGCCCAGCUCGUCGCCCACCCACCUGUGGACCGGCGAGGUGAGCGCAGCCCCACCCCCAGUCCGCGUCCGGCACCGGAGGAGGUCCCCGGAGCAGAGCCGAAGCUCCCCGGAGAAGAGGAGCCCGAGCGCCCCGGUUUGCAAAGCAGGUGACAAAUCGCGACAGCCUUCCUCAAGCCCCUCCAGUAUUAUCCGGCGCACUUCCUCCCUGGAUACUCUUGCUGCUCCGUAUCUUGCUGGCCACUGGCCUCGUGAUAGUCACGGGCAAGCUGCACCAUGCAUGCGGGACAAAGCUACACAGACAGAGAGUGCAUGGGCUGAAGAAUAUGCUGAAAAGAAGAAAGGGUCUCACAAGCGCUCAGCAUCCUGGGGCAGUACAGAUCAACUUAAGGAGAUUGCGAAAUUACGUCAGCAAUUGCAGAGAAGUAAACAUAGUAGUCGACAUCAUCGUGAUAAAGAAAGACAGUCUCCAUUCCAUGGCAACCACACAGCUAUUAACCAAUGUCAGGCUCCUGUUCCAAAGAGUGCACUUAUUCCCGUAAUUCCUAUCACCAAAUCAACAGGCUCCCGGUUCCGGAAUAGUGUGGAAGGAUUGAAUCAAGAGAUUGAAAUAAUAAUUAAAGAGACUGGGGAAAAGGAAGAGCAGCUAAUACCACAAGAUAUUCCAGAUGGCCACCGUGCUCCUCCACCCCUUGUCCAGAGAAGUAGCAGCACACGCAGCAUUGACACACAGACACCCGGCGGGGCAGACAGGGGAAGCAACGACAGCAGCCGCUCUCAGUCUGUGUCCCCCACCUCAUUCCUCACCAUUUCCAAUGAAGGUAGCGAGGAGAGCCCUUGUUCUGCUGAUGACCUGCUUGUUGACCCCAGAGAUAAAGAGAAUGGGAACAACUCUCCUUUGCCCAAAUAUGCAACCUCACCAAAACCUAACAACAGUUACAUGUUCAAAAGGGAACCUCCUGAAGGCUGUGAAAGGGUCAAAGUCUUUGAAGAAUGCUCGCCAAAACAACUUCAUGAAAUCCCAGCCUUUUACUGUCCUGACAAAAACAAGGUGAAUUUCAUUCCUAAAAGCGGCUCUGCUUUCUGCCUCGUCAGCAUCCUCAAGCCACUUCUUCCCACCCCAGAUCUUACCCUUAAGGGCUCUGGCCAUAGCCUGACAGUGACCACUGGCAUGACAACCACUCUGCUACAGCCUAUCGCUGUGGCCUCCUUGUCUACAAACACAGAGCAAGACCGAGUCUCUCGAGGAACAAGUACAGUCAUGCCAUCAUCUUCUCUGCUGCCACCACCAGAACCAAUUGAGGAAGCCGAAGGGUAGGUUCCAGUGCUACGUGACCAUUGUUCUGGGAAACUGAGAACCUCCUUGGAUCAUUUGACUAUGAUGGCUUCAUGUGCUCCCAUUUAGCUGUGAUGUGCUCCAGCUUUCCAGUGACAUGUGACAGUGAGGCUUCUGGAAUAACAGCCCCUCUGACAGCUCUACCCCACUCAUGAAGACCAACCCUCAGUGCUUAGCCUGCUUUUUCUUAAAGUACUGAUGGAAAAAAGAAAGGUCUCAUUCUUUACUUUGGAAGGACAGUAUUGAAUUGUUUUUUGCUUUCAAAUUAGACUUAUUUAAAAAACAACAACACAUAAAACCUGAUUCUUGCAAACAUAAUUCCCAAAGGGACAUGUAAACGAUGCUGCAAGAACCACCUUUUAUAUGAAAAGGACUAUUUUAUAAUACCAGUUACAUUUUCUGAAACAUAGCAAACAGGACGCUCAAAAGAUUCUUUGGUGGCCUCUGUUUCGUUUCCCUUUCUAGAUGUAUGCUUUUCUCAGCUGUUUUCAGCUUUGGGACCAAAGGGAUUGUUGACAUUUUCCCAGCAAUCUUAAUCUCAUGACUGUGUUCUUCUCCCAAACAAGGAUUGAUAAGUAAAUGCAUUGAAUAAGUAUAUAUAAAAAGAGAUAAAAGCAAUAUCCGUACAUUAUGUGAUUUAUGUUUUUUGAUGUCAAGUUUGUGCUUUGGGUGAAAUACUUGUAAGACUGUUUUCUUCACUAUUGUACACAUUUCACUAUGUGGUCAGAAAAUUGAAAACAAGUGCUUUAAUAUGUUCUCAUCUGUAUUGGAACUUUAAGUCAGUGAGCCAAAAGGAAACUACCCCGUGUUGAUUACUAGCUAAGAGUAAGGAGUCCCUUUGGUUUUCUGUGAAAUAGUAUAUGACACAGUCUCCCUCCUUCCUUCUCCACAAGUGUCAUUCUGCCUUUUAUCGUUACUGUAUCAUAGCCCCAAGAGACCCUGAAGUGGCUGUGCAUGGAUUUCCUCCUUUGCUUUUGUGAUGUUGUUGUCUUGUGGAUUUGGUUGGGGUUAGUAGUUUGCCAGGAGUGUAAUCCAUUGAAUAGCAAUCCGUAGCCACAGAAUCUUGCAACUGACGUUUUCUUUAUGGUGAUUGGCACUGAGAUUUGUUGCCUAUAGAUUUGCUGGUUUCCCCUCCACAUUUCCAGGGAGGAAAACAGACAAGGACUUUGGAGCAUAAGCAACAGGCACCUUUGAAAACUCCAUACAAUUCUGGAUUAGGGCUCAUCUAAUACAAAUCACUGCCAAGAUGACAUGACAAUAGUAUUUCAUUUCUGGGCAUCUGGUAGUGAGAUAAAGGAGCAGCUUUUUUAGAAGAGUUUCAGUAAACAGUGUUGAUGAAAAAAAGCGUCCUUUUCAUAUCUUCAUAUAUUACCUUAUAUGCAAUAAUUUACUGUUCCUAUAAAUAUAGGCAGAAAAGGUUUUAAAAUCAUUAUAAAAAGGAUGCAGUUUAGGUUAAUAUGUCAGCUAGUCCAGACAUAGUCUAUCAAGGAAAACCGAGUGGCAGCCAUAACUCUUCUGAAAGGACUUCCUAUACUCAUGCACCUUUAAAACAUCUAAGUAAUUUAAAAUAAGCCCUGUUAAUUUUAAAAUGGGGAUAUAGUUAGAUAAAUCAGAUAAAUUCAAACAUUUGAGUGAAUCUGUCAAGUUUUAGUUGGUAAGAUAGAUGAAUUUUGUACUUUUUCCACCCAAAACUAAUUAACUCAGAAUUAGUACAUUAUGGCUUCUCAGUCAGUAAAAACUCAGUUAUUUGGGGUCUAAGUUUUCUGAUUGAGAACUUUGAUUCUUUGCCUUCUUUGUUAUGCAUUUUGUCUUUACCAUUUCAUCAUUUGAGUAUUUGCCCUAUCAGAAUAUAGAAGAAAAGGUAAAACUGAAAUCAAGUGAGUUGCUAUAAAUGGGGGAGGAGGUGGCUUUUUUAUUACUUGAAUUUCAUUAAAUCUUUUCUUUGGAGUACACUUCUGUUCCUCUUCUGUCUCCUUUUCCUCUGGUCACAAGGGUAUUUUAAAACUAGAACGCUACUUUGUAAACAGAUUUUCUCCCAUUUUCUCUGUGUUGUACAUUUGUCUAAUUCAUAUCUUUCUGUAGAGUUUCAUAUAUCUUUAAUUUAAAAUCAGAAUGGAAGAAUAAGUUUCAGAUUUAUUAUUUAUAGCCUUAUAAAUGGAACUUCAGUCUAAUGUUUGGUUAUAAGGCAAAUGUGAAUCUGCAGGUAAAUGACUUGUAUGGCUACCAGACAUAUACCUUGGGUUUGGGAGAAAUAGCCUGAGAUUUGGGAGAAAAAAAAAGUACUAAAUACAAAACAACGCUAACUGCCAGUGCCAAAGGGCUACUUUUUAAGCAUAUAAGCUUUAUCACAGUCUUAAAAAUAUUAACCAUACAUCCAUUCAGCUGUUUUAUUUAAUCUUUGGUUAAAUAAGGUGGUUUUUUAAAAAGUGGGUCUACAGCUUUCCAGUGAAAAUAACACUAUUCUCAACAGAAUGCAUAAUAUCUUUUUCGAAAAUUAUACUCUAUAAUUCUGUAGAAAACUGUACAGAUGGUAAAUAGAAUAGCUUCAAUAGUAAUUAUAACUUAAAUUUUUUAAAUUUUAAAUAAAUUGACUUCCAUCGUAGUAAAAACAAAGGAAUGGGUGGCAUGUAUCUUUUAGCAAAAGUAGCUAUUCUUCGGUUAUUCAUUUUGUCAGUCUUAGUUAUUUUUUUAAUCCAUAAGCAGUUUCUUCCUUGUGGUGAUAAAACAUAUAAAUUGACUAUUUCUGAUCAUGACUAAGUCUUACUUGUCAUGGCUUUUGUGAACAAUUAUGCUUUUUAAAAAUACUAGUUUUGCCUCUUAAUUAUAGUGAGCAUGGAUGCCGAAAUUAUUUUUGAACUAGAUUAUUCAAUUUGUUUAAAAUGUUUCUUAUGCUUAUGACCACAGUCCAAAUCAGUCUUCUAGAAGGUGCUCUUGCUAACUGGGACAUCUGACAACAUGAAAGGCUUUUUCCUCCUAUUUUUAAUGGUUGGUUUUCACUGGAAAUAGGUAUAAAAAUGGCAGUAUUUAUAGCCUUUUUAUGUCCAAGAUUAGGACUGGAUUAAGGAAAAUAAAAGAAAAUUGCCUUUACUAAGUUUACUAUUCUAAACUUAAGAUUCAUUCCUUAAUGCUUGGAAUUUUGAUGUUUCAAAACUGAACAAGUAGAAGUGUUGCAUUUACAAAAUAAAGCUAAGAAUACUUAACUCUACACUUUACAUUUGACUCUGCCUAAAUUAAUAAGCAAAGCAGCCCUAAAGAAUAUUUUGUUUAUAUAAUCCUGUUGAAGAAUAUAAUUUGCUUUUUUAAAACUCUCCAUCUUUCAUGUCUGUUGAAGCUGUAUAAACAUUUUUAAAACAGUUUUAAAAAAAUUUGUCUAACAAUUCUCCCCAAACACAGCAUUUUCAAUGGUGAUAGAUACUUUUACUAUGUACUUACGUACUCCCUGUACCUGAACCCUUGUUGCUGCCUCACAAGAAAAUAGAACUUUUAUGUUUAAAAUAAAGUCUGUUCUUCUUGA